AUGACUGUUCGCAACCACGGUAUCGCCUCUUCGCGGAGCAAGUCCCGCAAGGCUCACUUCUCUGCGCCUUCCAGCCAGCGUCGUGUUCUGAUGUCCGCUGCUCUCUCCACUGAGCUGCGCCAGGAGAAGAACGUUCGCUCCAUCCCCAUCCGUGUCGGCGACUACGUUACCAUCACCCGCGGUUCCCAGAAGGGCCGUGAGGGCAAGGUCACCUCCUCCUACCGUCUCAAGUUCGUCAUCUACAUUGAGAAGGUCUCCCGCGACAAGAGCAACGGCCAGAGCGUCCCUAUCCCUAUCGCCCCCUCCAACGUCGUCAUCACCAAGCUGCACAUGGACAAGGACCGUGAGAACAUCCUCGCCCGCAUUGCCAAGGGCCGUGAGGCCGUCCAGAACAAGUCCGCCUAA